UUUCAUUUAACCUGAGAGGGGGGGAACUACCCCUGAAAGCACUCCAGUGUUUACAGCCUCUCAUAACAAGUCUGCAAAAUGACUCCACAGAACAACAUGCUCCCUGUUUGUUGCUGCUUGUGUGUCUUAAACUUAGAGAAAUGAUCACAACACACUGGUCCUAAGUAUAUCACUGAACACCAGUGUGGGCAGCAGGAUAAUAAAGAAAUGAACAGAACMAGAAGGGCAUGUAGCUCUGACUUGUUACUGUGCAGCAGGGUAAUUUUUGGGAGUAGCUAACUGCAGCAGACACCCACCCAGCCACCCCCCCUCCUCGUUCAGCCUCAUUCCUCAGAAGCAGAUCUGGAAACGAGGUUUGGAUCAUUUGUAUCUCUUGGCUGAAGUGGAAACCUGAAAGUGUGGUUCUGAUCUAGACUGAUUAGUUACAAGCAGCGGACAUAGGGUACAAUGGAGCUUGUAGUUUUGGUGGCCUUCAGCUCCUGGCUGGCUCCUGCCCUCGGAUCAGCGUUUGGUAGGGAAAUGUUUGCAUCAGCAUCAGAUGACGACAAAGACUUUGACAGAGACUUUCAAUACGAUUAUGAAUCUCUGCGAAUCGGUGGCCUGGUUUUUGCCGUGGUGCUCUUCCUCAUGGGCAUUGCUCUGAUUGUCAGCCGGAAAUGUAUCUGUCCCAGGAGUGACAAGUCGAGAUCCAGAGGUCCUGAUGUUCAACCAGGGGUCCAGAGAGCUUAACAAAAACUGGCAGGGAUCUGAGGAUCAUCUGAAAAAYCCAGCCUUCACUCACUGACUCCUCCCAUUAGAUGGCAGCAAACACCGGUGUGACGGCCGAGGACGAGCUUUUCUUUCUUAAAAUUCAUUAUGUUUCUCAUCUUUUCUUCUUCCUUUUUUAUGUUUUUAUCACCAGCAAUUGUCACCAGAUAAACUUUAUAUAGCAUCAAGUGUGAUUACUUUGUAUUUUUGUGCCUUUUAAGAAAAAACCUGCUAGACAAUAAAGCAGAUUUUAGAAAACA